UUCCAUAAAAUCCCUCCAGUUCCUUCAGAAGGGCGUGCUUUGAGAAGCCAUGCCACCUCCAAUCGUCACUCUGACUGGGUGUUCUCCCUUUUUGUGUCCUUUCAAGCAAAGUAAUUCAGCGGUCAAGCUUAAAGAAGAUAUGAAAAGGAUUGCCGUUCCGCCCGUGAGCAGGCAGAAAGGGUCCUGUCACCGGAAGUUGUUUGGCACUAGUCUUCAGGAAAUGCAGCAAGAAGGGCUGAGCAAGUGUGGAAUCCCAACAGUGGUGUGGGAUAUUGUAGAAUAUCUCUCUUGGCACGGUCUGGAGCAGGAAGGCCUUUUCAGGGUGAAUGGUAACCUGAAAACAGUGGAACAGCUGCGUCUGAAGUACGAGGGUGGAGAUCAAGUAGAUCUUGCCGCAGAGGCUGACGUAAGCGCAGCAGCCAGUUUGCUAAAGUUAUUUCUACGGGAGCUGCCAGAUCGGGUGAUCCCUUCUGCCCUUUACCCCAAAUUCAUCCAGCUUUAUCAAGCCAGCCAGAAGUGUGGCCUGGAGACUAGCGAUUUAAGAGACCUUCUGAGGCAGAUGCCUGAGACUCACUAUUGUCUCCUUAAGUAUCUUUGCCACUUCCUGAAACGGGUUGCUGAUCAUCACACUGAGAACAAGAUGACUGUUUCCAACCUUGCUACUGUUUUUGGACCAAACUGUUUUUG